UAUAAAGAUCAUUCUGGUGUUUGGAUCUGGAUAUUCAGCGAGGAUGGAGUCGAUGCAUGUUUCACUGAUUCUCAUAGGUAUUUCUGUCUUGUAUCCAAGGACGGGAGCUCUGGAUGAGCACAAGCUUGAUGAACCGGUUCUGGAAGGUCCGUCCGUUGCAUUAAACGGUUCGAUUGAGUAUUUCUACUGCGAGAUUCCUGGGAUCCCGGCUUCGGUGCCUGUCCUAUACGAGCUCUAUGUCGAGUCAAACCCGGGGAGGAUGAUCGCGCAGUACAGCUCUCUGUCUGGAGAAUUAGCCACUUUUCCUCUGUUAAUCAAAUCACAACACGACGGUCGGCUCGUCUGCAAGGCCAGCGGACACAACAACACAGACAUCCAGAGCUCGCUCAGUCAAGGCCUGGACCUCAAAGUCAUUGUCCCGGUGGAGGACGUGACAAUCGCUCCUCAUGCCGCCAGUGAGACCGUGUGGGAAGGACAAACUUUGAGCCUCCAGUGCAGAGAGAGCAGAGGAACGUACGUCUCCUACGAGUGGCUUAGGAACGAAAGGCCGUACGACACGACUGGCGACACACUGAUCAUACACCGGCUCUCUGUGCAACACACAGGCAAUUAUACGUGUGUGGCAUCAAACCGAUUCAAUGACACGAUGACCUUCAGCUGCAGUGAUGUCAUAUCUGUGCAGGUCAAAGAGUACGUGUCGAAGCCUGAAAUCUCCCUCGAGGUGGUGAAGCUUGGAGACGCUGGCUUUAGAGCCAUCGUCACGUGCCGGUCUUUGAAAGGAUCUCCGUUAAUUACCUUCAGCCUGUUGAACGACACCGACGUCAUCACGAAGAACACCACUGAAGGAACCAGCGCAAUCUUCCAUGUGCCGGUCGAGCUGAACCGGGUCACGGGUCGCGUGAGAUGCAACGCCAGCAACGAGGGCAACUGGGUUCUGAGUGAACCGGUAAACCUGACCGGGGAGUCUGUCGGCGGCGCUGUAACGGUGAGGCCCGUCACACACACCGGGCGGGACUUCCAGGUGGUCGGCCUGGUUCUGCUCUGUAAGGUUGAGCGAGGGACGUUCCCACAGUACCGCUGGUUCCUGAACAGCACCAGGCUGGAGGGCCGAGGAGGUUUCUAUGCGGUGGCCUGGUCCGACGACUCGGCUCUGGCUCUGUCUGUGGGUCCGGACAGCGCUGGCUUUUACCACUGCGAAGCUUCGGACCGCUUCGACAACAGAACCAGCGUCCGCAGCGCCAAGAUGCUGAUCAAUAAAGAGGUCCUGAACAGCGUGUCUCCUGCGUUGGUGCUGGUGGUGCUGAGCUGCUUCGCUCUGCUGAACGCUGCUGUGAUGGCUUGCUGUGUUUAUGGAGUCGUUCUGCGAAGAAGAUAUUCAGGAAAACACUUUUUGAGGAGAUGUUGGAGGGUUAUGAGGAAGACGUCGUCCUCGCUGACAGAACAAGUGAUUCUGCUGAGGAUGAGGACGAAUCUGUGGACGAAACUCUCCUGUAUGAAGACACUGUCUCUAAAUAAUUCUACAGACAUUCUUGAAGAGUUUAAUUUCAUGGAGUUUAAUCUGUUAAGCCUGACUGUUUGGUUUCCCACAGACACAAGCAUAUCUUCACUGAUUUGUCACGUGUUAUUCUGUUCAGACAAAGGUUUAUUCAAAGCGAGACAAUAGACAAGCACUGGGUCGACAUGACUGACCAAUCAGAAGCGAAGACCAGGCCAGCCAACAAUGUGUCUACUGUCAGAUUCAAACGAGUCUGUGUGGGUUUGUGGAGGGAAAAUCUCAAAUAAAUCAAAAUGUAU